GGUGUACACCGCUUAGAAAGUGCUUGUACUUAAAGCGGUAUAUAAGUCUCAUAAAUAAAUAAAUAAAUAACCUUUGGCCCCUCUCUUGUCCUCGUCCACAGUGUCGGGAGAUAUGGCUGAGGCACUGAAGAUGGAGGACAGGAGAUGGGAACUGGGAACUGGCCUUCUGUAGGACCCACCAGGUGGCGGCAUGGGCGAUGAGAACGACCACUUGUGCUUCCUUCUUUACCAGGACCUCGCUCCUCUGGCUUCGUCAGCUUCAAGCCAGAAUCCCUCCAGAGGAGAUACGCACUCAUCAGGAUUUGAGUAAGCUGGUCGCAGUGAUAGAGUAUGCCUCUGAUGCUACUUUGCAGGCAGCCAGAUUUUCCUCCAAGUCCAUUGCAUCCAAUGUCACAGCACAUCGGAUGCUAUGGCUUAAACAUUGGCAAUCCGAUGCCAAAUCCAAGUGGCGUCUGGCUGCGGCCCCUUAUCAAGGAGGGCAUUUGUUUGGAGAAGUCCUAAAUCCUUAUUUGACCGAGAAUAAGGAUAAGCGGAAGGUCAUGACACAUCUCAACAGGUGGACUGACAGGUGCGCUAACCCCUACCCUCGCAAGCAGUCCUUUCGGUCAGGAACAGGCUCGGGAGCCUCACAGCCCCUUCACGGCCAGACAGGAUCGUCCGUCCGAUAGACCUGGUUUCAGACCCAGGCAACAGUACCAGGGCAAACGGCCCUUUCGUGGGGGAGGUCGCCCCUUCAGGAGGUCCAAGUGACUCCCUGGCUGCCCCUCCCAUAGGUGGUAGGCUAUCCCUCUUUUUCCACCAGUGUGAGUUCACUACCACAGAAUCCUGGGUCCUCCAAACCAUCCAAUUUGGCCAGACGCUGGAAUUCAUGUCCAGCCCACCUGGGCGCUUCAUCUCUUGCCCCCAGUCACGGAAUUCAAUCAAACGGGGCCUCAUGCAAGAGGCCCUUUGUCAUCUUCUAGACAUAAGAGCCAUAGAACCGGUACCGGCUGGUCAGAAGGGAGAGGGAUUCUAUUCCAUCCUCUUUGUGGUUCCCAUGGCCUCAGGAGUUUGGAGGGUGAUUCUAGACCUCAAGGGUCUGAAUUCCCAUAUUGCAUACCGGAAAUUAAAAUCCAAACACUCCACUCCAUCCUAGGCAGCGUCAGAAAGGGAGACUUCCUGACGUCUAUAGACCUCAUGGAAGCGUAUCUCCACAUCCCUAUCCUUCCUGACCACUACCAGUAUAGGGCCACCACUACCAGUAUAGGGCCCUGCCGUUUGGACUCUCCUUGGCUCCCAGAGUGUUCACCAAGAUACUGGUGGUGCUCACAGCACACCUAAGACUGGUACCUGUACGCAUUCAAUACUACCUGGAUGACAUUCUCAUCCAGUCCUCCCUUCUGGAGGCUCAGUCGGAUCUGAAUUUAUAAAUCCAGGUCCUCCAAUAGCACGGAUUCUCGGUGAACUUCCAAAAGAGUCAGACAGUUCCCUCGACCUGACUCCCACACCUGGGCGCCGUCAUAGACACAGUCGGUUGCCUGGUCUAUCUAUCACAGGAGCAUUGGGACAGUAUCCAGGACUUAGCACUCAAGAUAUGCAGGGAACGCGUAGUGUCGCUGGCCCUACUUUCCCAACUCCUGGGAAAGAUGGUUUCUUGUAUCGCCAUAGUCCCUUGGGCCAGACUCCAUUCCAGGAAUCUCCAAUGGUUUCUGCUCCCCUUCCAGAGGUUGGGCACCAGUUCAUCCAACCAAGAGGUAAGGGUUCCUGCCCAAACCCUGAGAUCCCUCCAUUGGUGGUUCUCGCCAGCGGUAGCCAGAGGGUCACCCUUUAAGGAACCCGUCCAUCUCACACUUACGACGGACGCCAGUCUGUUCGGUUGGGGAGCGCACCUUCGGUCUCAGUUUGCUCAGGGCUGAUGGUCUCGAGCAGACCUGGGACACAACAUCAAUUGGUUGGAGCUCAGAACCAUACACCUGGCUCUCCGCCACUUCCACAACAAAGUUGCAAGGCAGCACGUGCUAGUUCUUACGGACAACGUGGCAGCAAAGGCCCACGUGAACCGGCAAGGGGGUACCCUUGGUCCUUCAUGGCUGAGACCCAGUUACUGGGCUCCUGGGCAGAGUCCAACCUUUCCUCCCUCAGGGCCGAACACAUUUUGGGGAAGGCGAACCAGCAAGCAGACUUCCUAAGCAGGUCAACUGUAGAUCACUCCGAAUGGCGCCUGCAUCCGGGCCUCUUCGCAGAGAUAGCGCAACGGUUCGGACAGCCUGUCCUAGAUUUGUUCGCCUCUCUGACGAACUCGCAGCUCCCGAAAUUCUUUUCCCGGUUUCCAUCUCCAGGGGCAGAGGGAAUGGAUGCUCUUCGAGCCCCAUGGCCAGGGGUCUGUUCUACGUAUUCCCUCCUCUCCUCCUGAUCCCGGUAAUCAUUCGCAAACUGCUACAGGAACCAGAGGAGAUAAUCUUUGUGGCCCCGUACUGGCCUCGGAGACUCUGGUUCACUGACCUUAUGAACCUCUCCCGCUCUCUCCCAUGGAAAAUCCCACCAAAUCGCGUGUCUCUCCACCAGGGGGUUCUACGACACCCGGAACCCCAGUGGCUACAGUUAGUCGCCUGGCACUUGAAUGCCGGAUCAUGACCCAGAAGUCGUAGUCGACAAGAGUGAUUUCCAUGAUCUAGGCCUCUCGAAGGCCGGCAACCAAUCGCAUCUAUGACUCCACAUGGAGGAAUUUUUGCCAUUGGUGCAGAAGGCGGCAACUGGAUAUCUCGGACUUGACAAUUCCACAGAUUUUAGAAUACUUGCUCGAGGGUCUUGAUAGGGGCUUAGCGCCUAAUACCAUUCGUAGGCAGGUUGCGGCACUAUCAACCUUACUUACCUGUGCCAAUUUGGUCCCUUUGGGCCAGCAUCCCAGAAUACGCACCUUUCUCAAGGGUGCCACCAACACAAAAUCACCUGUGGUACAUAAGUACCCCUCUUGGGAACUACCUCGGGUCCUACAGGUGCUCGCCAGACCGCCGUUUGAGCCUCUUAUAACUUGUGCUCUACAGUCCUUGUCCCACAAGGUCACCUUCCUGAUCGCUAUCACGUCAGCCAGGUGCAUUUCUGAGCUUGCGGCACUGUUGGUCUGGGAUGACCUCUGUAUCUUCCACCGGGACCAGGUGGUCCUUCGAUUGGACCCCACAUUCGUGCCCAAGGUCAACUCCCUUUUCUAGGGCAGAUGAUUGUUUUGCCGGAUUUUUGUCCUAAUCCUUCCCAUGACUUGGAGCGGCAGUGGCACACACUGGACGUCCGUAGGGAACUAUGCCGAUACAUCAAGUGAACGGCGUCUUUUCACAAGUGCAAGGUCCUCUUCUUUUCCUUUCACCCUGCCUAUCUCGGACAGAAGGUGUCUGCCUCCACUAUAGGCAGGUGGAUCAGGGCUUGCAUUGCGGAGGCGUACCAGUCAUUUUCCCUGCCAGCUCCAGGUCAUAUCAUGGCUCAUUCCACUCGCAGUGCUGCGACCUCUGCAGCAUGGGCCACUCAGGCGUCCAUUGAGGAGAUUUGCAGGGCUGCGACAUGGUCUUCGCCCUCCCCGUUUGUUCGUCAUUACAAAAUUGACUGCUUUGCUUCCGCGGACGCCUCCUUUGGUCAGAGAGUCCUUCAGCAGGUGGUGUCUGGGGAUAUGAAUCCGGCCUUGUCUGUUUCCCUCCCAUUGGGAUAGUGAGGCUUUGGUAUGUCCCAUUGGUGGAUUCUCCAUCUCCUGUGCUGGAGAAGGGGCGUUGCCUUACCUGAACGCCUUUUCUCAGCACGGAGAUGGAGAAUCCACUCCCACCCCUUAGGGCCCGUAAGACCAAGGUUAGGGGUCUGAGAGCCAACACGUCGGACUGUCGUCAGCUGCUUUUGCCCUCGUCAAGACUGGGUGUCCCCUAGCCCAGCAGGGGCAUGGCAAGUUUGGGUGACUUGGUCUCAAGAGCAGGAAGACAGAACAAAUCCAUUGGUGGAUUCUGCAUCUCCACGCUGAGAAAAGGCGUUCAGGUUUUGAAAGUAUUUUAGAAGGGCUUUAUGGACCAAGGCUACGAAGAGACCUCAGUUUAUUUGAAGACUGUGAACCAGAAGAAGUGACUGACUGGUCUAUGGAUGAAAAAUGUUCCUUUUGUAAUUUGCAUAAAGAAAUAGUCAGUGAUCCUACAGCAGUUCUUGGUUCUUUGCAGUCAACACCUACAGAGGAGUUGUCAUCUCAGGGCCAGUCCAACACUGAUAAAAUUGAGUGCCAAGCAGAGAAUUACCUAAAUGCACUCUUUCGUAAGGAAGAUCUUCCUCAGAACUGUGAUCCUAACAUUCCGCUUGUUGCUCAGGAAUUAAUGAAAAAGAUGAUCCGUCAAUUUGCAAUUGAAUAUAUUUCAAAAAAUAGUAAACUGCAAGAAAAUCGAAAUGGUUCAUCAUAUGAAAUGAAUCUGAUACGUAAAGAUUUCCAAAUGAACCAAACUGAAAAUCUACUUCAGGAAGAACAAGAUAGCCCUCUAGACCUCACUGUGAAUCGAACACAAGAACAGGAUGAUCAGCAAGGGGAUGGAGUACUAGAUCUGUCUACGAAGAAAACAAACUUGGAACAAUCACAGUAUGAUGGAUCGUGUUCUGAAAAUUCAUUAUCUGGUUCAAGUACAGCUGCUGGUGCAAAACUAGAGGAAACAACUAAAUUGGAAACGGGAAAUUCUACUCUAAACAAGGUGUUGGCUUCCUUAUGCUCAUAUCAUUGGCAUCAGACUUUAGCCAUGUUGAAAUUUUUCAUCCAAGAAUCAUGUUAUUCAGGUUGCAGUAGUCAACUGCCUUAUCCUAAAUAUUCUGAGAGAGAGGAAGAUGAGAUUCAUAUUCCAGGCUUCAGUUGUGAUGACAACAUGCUGAUGAAAAGAUGCAGUUCACAAAAUGUAAGACCAAGUAAGAAUUUAUUGACAUACCACUCAAUGGCUCCUGGGUAUGUUAACACAGUGAUGAACAAAGAAAAUUCUCUACUUUGCCAUCCUCAUGGGUGUUGUCCCAAACAACUACAACUGUGUAAGGUCCAUUCUACCCAGGCAGAGUUGUAUACAUACCUCUUUUCAAGAGGACAAAAAAUUAAUAGAGGUAGCCAAGGCCGCAGCCCUUCACCACCUCCAUUGUCUCCUGUGGAAGCUGAUGGGUGCAAUUAUCCAAAGGAAUUGUCUGAAGAUAACAGAUCUGGAAAAAACUGUAACCAACCUCCCUUACUGUUUCCCGCUGAACACAGGGAGAAAGAUCAAACAUAUAUUGCAGAAUUGCCCAAUAACCUGCAGGAAGGCAUUGUAUGUGUGAAUCAAGAAAAUAGCCUCACAAUUUCUGAUAAGCUUGAAAAGGUUGAAAAUGCUGAUGCGUUUCAGGAUUUAAUUUAUCGAAUCAAUGAGAAGUUGAAAUCAAUAGAAACUACUGAUACAGAAAUAUUGGCAAAAUUACCUAAGAGCGAUGGAAGAACACAAACCGAUUCUAAAUUACGGAACUUCAUUACAUCUCUUUUACAUGAUGCUAAGGCAAAUGAUUAUAAUUUUAUAGAAUUACUGAAUCAACAUGAUAAGCAAGUGGAAAAUAAAAUUAUCCAAACAAGAUUUCGUAAACGACAAGAAACUUUGUUUGCAAUGCAUAGUUCUCCCAAUUCAUGUCUAUUUAGACGAAAGUCUUUGCAAAUCAAAAGAGAGUUGGCUAGCCUUGAUGAAACUUUCUUAAGAAAGAAGUCAAAUUCACAGAGAAAAGUUAAAAAAUAUACAAAAAAUGACAAAUACCUUACAUUAAAACAGCUUGAUUUGCAAGGCUAUGAAAAUAAAGAUGGGACAUUUUCUUCUACUAAGUCAAAGCUUUUGCCACUAGGUCAAGAGGAAACAAUAGAACUACCUCUUCUCAGCUCACAAACCAAUUCUGAUUUUAUAACAUUUUCAGCAAACAGCUCUACAACCACUCAAACGGUUUUGGCUAAAACACAAUGUGGAAUUGAACUACAUGUGGAACCAGCUGGUGUGAAAGGAGAUUAUGAUAGAGGCCUGGAGAGGACCAAACAUAAUAUUUUCUCUCCUAGAUGGUGCUCUUUGUAUGUAGCAAACAAUUUUUUAUUAAGGAAAAACAUAAAAUCAAAAUCUGUGGCUAGCAUAGAAGGGGAUAAAAUUCUCAAAGAUUUUCAAGUUAAGUCAUGUAGCAAUGAAAAUAUAAAUAAGAUUAUGCAGAGAACCAAUCUACAUGUUGUUGUAAAGCGUUUGGAAGAUACAAUAAAUAUGGCUCAAAAGGCCACACAGCCCAUGUGUAAUGGUUAUAAAAUAUUGGGCAAAAUAAAAGACCUUCAAAAUUCUGAUGCCAACAAUAAAUCUAAAAGUGGCCUUAUUAGCAUGAAUGAAACUGGAAGUAAGGGACAAUAUGUGUUAUCACAAAGUCUUUUAACAGAUAGAAAUAGCAACAAAAAUUAUUGUGUGCCAAAAAUAGAAAAUAUAUCUUGUGAAGAAAAAUAUGAAAGACUUUUGAAACCCUCAAUUUUAGAUUCAAGCAUGUUGACCUUAAAUAAGGAGGAAUCCCAAGGAAAUUUGCAUCUGGGGGAUAAUUCAUCAACAUUGAAUUACACUAGCCCUAUAAAACUUAUGUUCCUUUCUAAGAUUAAUAGCAGUGAAGGAGUCAAAUACACACUAACCUCUGUAAAUGAUUCAUCCAAAUUAAACAUAGAUCUUUAUUCUCUUCAGGAGAAAACAAAUAAGGUGUUGGCAAAACAGUUGGAGGCAAAGGAUUCUGAUGAAAAAGGUUCUAUUGAUGAAUGCAGCUAUAAUGAAAAUACAAAUAAAAAUAAAAUGAAAACUGGUUUUCCUACAAUAGUUGCCACUGAAACCAAUCCUAAGCCUGUGGAACAAGACAACAGUGGAUCCUCUCUGAAAAGAAAACCUGGGAGACCCAAAAAAAUUGGUCCUCAGGUUGUAAAACAAAUUAAGCGUCCGAUUGGACGACCUCCCAAACCAAAAACUGAUGUGAGUAAUGGUAGUUAUAGGAAGGACUCCAUUGGUGUUGCAAAAAAUGCCAACUCUAACACAGAAUGCCUAGAGGAAGAGAACAUUUACAAAAAUAUUACAGUAACUGUUGUUUUUGGAAGGUCUCGAAGGAUUAAGAGGUGUGUUUCAGAAGGUAACUUAAAUAUAGUUAAAACUGUAUCAGGACCUCACAGCUACUGCAGUGUUGUAUGUGACCCUGAUCAAAUAAUACUGAGCUCAGAUGCUAGGAACAAUUUGCCAAAAACUAAAAAUAUGCAAUAUUCUACAACAGAAAAGACCUCUACAUCUGACUAUGAGGAUGUUAGACCACUAGAAAGCAGCCCUGUGCUGCCAUCCCAUUGCAGCAAUAUGAGACGAAACCAAAAGCCUUUAAAUAUAAUUAGAAAACCUGGUAGGCCAGCAAAAGUAAAAAUAUCUGGCAUAUCAGUGACUGUUAAUCAGAUUUCAUCUCAGGAAAGAAAAGUGUGUAUCAACAGCUGCCUGCCUCCCUUAGAACAAGAAGCUGUGUCAGAAAGAAAUGAAUCAUCUAAGAAGGAUGCUAAGCAAUGCAAUAAAACAGAUGAUUUUAAAAGCCUUUGCAAUGAAGCAGGGAAUUUUUCACCCAAGAUUAUUAUUGCUUCAAAAAGGUCUGAAACUCAUUUGAGACACUCUCUUAGAAGACCAUCAUUGCCUUUUGUACAUUCAUCAGCAUCUUCUAGCUCAUUUUCUUGUAAACGUGCCUUUUUGAAUAAACCAUGUAAACUCUGCUUGAGAAAUGGUAAAGAUCACAAAAUCAAGCAUUCAAAAAUGCCACCCAUGCAUACCUCAAUAAGUACAAGGGCAGAUGAUGCUAAAAGUAGUUCUGAGAAUAGUAAACUCAGAUCCAUUGGUGAAAUGACUUUGAAUCCCAUAAUUUCAUCCAAUUCCCUUAGAUGGUGGGAUCCUUCUAUUUCUAAUGAUUCUUUGUUAAAAGAACUAAACAGUAGAUAUGACCAGAUAACUAAGACUUGGUUGCAUGUGAAUGGAGAAGAAUAUGAGAAAUGGUCGUAUAAUGGAGCAUGCCAUAUUGAACAAGACAGUAGCAUUGAAGUAUCAAAUCCUUUGGACUCCUGCAUUUUGGGACUAGAAAAUUCACCUAUAAGAAUGCUGUUCCAGAAAAAAUGCAGUAUAGAUGACCUAUGUGCAUGGUUUAUGCAAACAACAGAAACACAAUCACUAUCACUAGUGAGAAAAGCAAAUGCUCGUAAUCCUUUUGAAGUAAUUAGUACAAGGCAAUUCAAAAUGGGAACAAGACAAUAUGAUUGUAAUACUAGUCCUUUGAGAAAGCACUUUAAAAAAUUUGCACUGUCUACGCCUUCAAAAUCAACAGGAAAGUUGCAGCUUUUACAUAAAAUUGUCAGAUCUCAAGUCUUAAGCAGGGAGCAUAGCUUCACCUUAGCUAAAUUGAGAACCAAAUUUGAGAACUUGCAACAUGAUCGUUGGCGACAAGUGAAAAAACUGUAUAAUCAUGGAACAUCUGACUGGAAAUCAAAAAAGAAAAACUUGCAAUUUUUCUGCCAAAGUCAAUGUUUGACUAAUGCAAGCAGGAAACUUAACAAAAUAUGUACAAGCCUUGAGAAUGACCCAGUAGAAACUCAACCAACAACUUUGUUGGAAUCUUACAGAAUCACUUCAGCAACUGGAAAUGAAAUCAGAGAUGCAUUUCUUCAGCAAGAUGUACAAUUAUCUGACCUCAGCACAAAGUGUAACUCAGUCUCAAACUGUAGGCCAAGUAGUAAAUCCACAUAUGGCAAUCAGCAAAGUAUUGGACAAGCACAUGCCCCUAAUGAAUGUAAUGAAGAUACAUGGAGAGGGAAAACUUUUAAGGAUUGUCGAAUAUUUUUGAGGAAAAUUAAUCCGGUGGGUAAAAAGCAAGUGUUUAAUAAAAACUUUGCCAUCUGUACUUCAGAAUCUGUGGAUAAUUGCAACAUCCACUGCCCAGAAAAAAAUGAUUGUCCUUUGAGGUCCCCCUCUGCUCAGCAGAGCAUGGCUGAUAAUAAUGAAAGGAAUGGAGGGAGCAGAAGCAGGUGUUCCAGCUUGAUCACUGAAGUCAAGAAGUCAAGCAAACGUGUUGCUUUUGAGGAUGGCCGAAUGGAGACUCCUAAAAAAAUGAAGAAGCGAAAGAAGACACAAUGCAAGUUCACUGAGCUGAAUAGAAGACAAAGAAAUAAGCGGUUAUGUAGUGCUGGCCAAAUAUCAAAUUGUUACCCAAAAUACCACCUGGGUCCUCUUAAACCUGUUGGGCUGCCUUUGCUGGAUGGACUUGCUAGCAGAGCUGUUGAAUUCUCCAUGAUCCCAUUCCAAUUGUCUCUCCAUGGAAACUCUCAAGUAAAUCCCAUGAAUUGUUGAAAUGAAUUCAUCUGUCAUCAUCCCAGAGAAGCAUGCAAUACUGUGAAUGAUUGUCAAACUGAACAAGUCAUUGCUGUAGUAACUUAACAAAACUGCUUUGAAGAGCUAAACACUCCUUUCUGGAGGCUGUAUUUAAUUGAAAUUGUUGCAAGUUGGGCUAAGAGUUACUUCUGUUGAUACACAAAUUAGUGACAAGCUUACAUAUUGGAUGGUGUCUGUGUUGAUGCAAAGGAUCUAAGGACUGGCUCCUUGGGACAUGCCUGUCAAAAUAUCUCAAGAAUGCUAACCAUUCCAUCCAUAUGGUUGCACAUUGGUUUCCAAAUAUUAUCCCCCACCCCAGUGAAUAAUAGUACAGUGGAACUUUUAUCUCUUUAUUUGAGACAAGUUGCAUGCAUGUUAAGAUAUGCAUCUUGAGAUUCAACAAGAAGACUAAGAAGACUAAGACUAAGAUCCACCUAGCAGAAUAUAUCAAGACAAAUUCAGAAACCUUGGCGUAGACUUAUUUUUGCAUUAUAUGUUAAAAAUAGCCUUUUAAUUUGCAGAGUGGUGGGCAGCACAACUGGCAAUUUGUCCUUGAAGCCCUGUAUUUUAUCUGAAAUAAGUUUACAGGAAAAAUGAGAUACCAAGGCAUUAGAGUUCUGAAAAAAAAAGAGAGAGAAAACUAAUAUAAGACACCCUAGAGAAACAUUUAGCACAGUUAUGGAUGAGGUUUCUCCAGCCUAUAGUUCAAGUCAAGAAAUUCAGUGAGUUCAAAUGAACAUUAUGAUAACUUUAUCUUGGUAAGUUUGUAGUAACCUGUUUCUAUUUCCAGAUUUGUUAUAUCAGGUUCUAGAAAGUAUAAGAUACAAUCAGAAGGCACUAGAUGUUUCUUAAAUUAUUCUGCCCUAGGUAUACAGAGGCUGAUGAUGGGUAUCACUUGAAACUUGUAGAGUUUAUCAGUGAUAUUUCUAGUAAGAAAUCUGCCUCUACAUCUAAUUCCUAAUCAUAUUUUGUACUUUCUCUUGGUUAAGUGGUACCUUUUGGUGGAUUGCACAAAUCUCAAAGACCUUAGCUUUGGAAAAUAUGGUUUAGGCACAAGGGAAAAAGGGGUAUGCCACUGUGGAGGAUGAAAGCUACUGCUAUGUGGCCUCUCUCCAGAGACAGGCCUGACAAGAGUGUCAUCAGUCAGUCAUACAGAGCUUCAUUGGUAUUAUAGUUUGCAGAAACCCUUCUCACCUGAGAUCUGCACAGAAACAUCAGAAAGACUAGAGCAAGAGAGGCUAAUGCACAUACAUGAUUCUUGGCUAAUGCACAUACAUGAUUCUUGGAUAGUGUUUUUUUUUAGUAUUGGAGCAAUGCAAGCUACUUUGUGUUACCUUUGCUUAAGAAACUUAAUUUUUUUUAAGUUCAUGGCCAAUUUUACAGUAUAUAACCAUAGGAGGCAAAUUAUAUUAUGUUUAUAAAUUCAAUUUCAAAGAACAAUUUAAAUUAAUUUAUAAAAAUGUCAGACUUUUAACACUUUGCAUUGAUUCAGUGUAAGGGGAUUGAAUGGAUUGUAUAGAUUUAUAUUUGGCAAAAAUAUAACUGCAAGGCAAGCAGUCUCGUUGCAUUUGUUUCUACAAUAUGUAUUCCAGGAGUGAUAUAAAAUCUUUGCACCAUAAGAUAAAAAUAUGCUGAUGUCAGCCCUUUGAGAUAAACCAGACUAGGAAACCAGAGUUAUGAAUACUAAUACUAUUUUUGUUAGAAGGUUGCAAUUGCAGUCUGGUUGGACUUUCCCUCUCCCUCCCUUUAUCUUUGUGAGUAGUAGAGAGGUUUUGUCUGAGACCAAAUUGGAUAUUUGGGUAUGUCUAGUUUAAUGGAAUUGGGCAUGUCUCAUUUAAUGAAAAGAAGGACUAGGAGUGACAUGAUAGUAGUGUUGCAAUAUCUAAGGGGUUGCCACAAAGAAGAGGGAGUCACCUAUUCU